AUGUCUGACAAGCAAGAACACCCAGUCUUUGGGCAUGAACAUAGACACCCACAUAUACAUGAUUCUGAAAGUGUAGAUCCAAAAGCUCCUGUAGCUAAUCCAGAAAAUGUUGAUUUGUCAAAGCUUUCCCCACAAGAGUUAAAAAUAUACAAAAUGUAUGGAAAACUACCCAGUAAGAAAGACUUAUUCCAACACAAAUUGCAAGAACGAAAAUAUUUCGAUAGCGGGGACUACGCUUUACGUAGGGCAGGUGUGAAAUCUGACGAUUUGCAGUCGAGUCCAGUUGCUAAUAACAAUUUACCUUUGACAAAUCCUAGCGGAUUAAGAGAAAGUAUCAUCAAAAGAAGAAUGUCCAGUAGUGCAAACGGUCCCAGCAAUGUCGACGCCCAAAGGCUAAAUAGACAAGGCAGUAUAUCAAGUGGUCCACCACCACCAAGGUCACCCAAUAAAUAG